AUGAACAGCUCCCGCUCCUUGCAGUUCUCCGAAGACUCGGAGGAGGUCGGGUCGGAGGUGACUGUGGCUCUGCCCCUGGUGUUGUCCCUCAUCUGUCUCAUUGGCUUCACGGGGAACCUACUGCUCAUCUCCAUCCUCAUCCACGACCUGAGGAAAGGCAAGUGCUCAGUGGUCAACUGCUUGGUCAUCAACCUGGGGGUCACCGACCUGCUCCUCAUCCUCUUCUGCAUCCCGGUGCGCAUUGUCUCCUAUGCCCGGCAGUCCUGGAUCUUUGGAGGCUUCAUCUGCAGGACCACAGAAUGGUUCCUCUACAGCUGCCUGACCGUCAAGAGCUUCACCCUGGCAGCCAUUGCCCAAGCCAGGUACGUCCAUGUGGUUACCCCUCCAAAGCUGUUGAGCUUCAGUAGGAGAUAUGUUCUGGUGGUGCUGCUCUUCUCCUGGUCCAUGGCUCUUCUGCUGCCUCUUCCACACUUCAUCUUCACUCAGAUCAGGAUGGACAAGGAGGGAUUGACGUGUAGUUUUGACAUCCCGGAUUAUGCUUCCAAUUUCAUGAAUGUUUUCAGCAAAAUUUACCCCCUGGUGGCUUAUGUGGUGCCCAUGGUCUUCUCCUUUUGCUGCUACAUGAGGGCUCUAAGGAGAAAGGAGAGGAGGAACAGGGUGCCCAACCCUGGCACCCUCAGCCGCAGGAUCACCUCCAUGCUCAUGAGUGUCAGCUUGGCUUUUGAUGCGAUGUGGCUUCCUGAGUGGAUAGUCUGGGUCUGGUCCAGGCACAGCAACUAUGGUCUCCUCCAGCCACCCAAUGCCCUCAUGAUCCUGGCCCAGGUGGUACUGUUCCUAAACUGCACCAUCAAUCCUGCAGUGUUUCUGGCUGUGUCUGACGAGUUCAGGGAAGGUCUGAAGAACAUCUGGACCCCGUGCAAACUAUGUGACGGGUCAGGUCCAUCCAGAGGAGAGAAUGGCUCCAGCAUCCAGUCCUUGCAUGACUUCCACUCCACGUCUGCGCACCGAGCUUCUCAAGACUCCAAGUUAAGGGAGGAGAAAAUCCUUCCAGAUGUGGAACAUUUUUGGCAGGAUCGCAGGAACACCACAGCUGGAGAAGAAAGUGACCCCAUGCCCUGGGAGCACCAGGAGAAACCUUAA